AUGCUCAAGACAAUCUACCCAGACUCGUAUGCGAACUCCUCCGCUCAAGCAAAUGUCUCGAGUAUCACUUUUGCGGGCACGGUCGUCGGCAUGUUAUUCUUCGGAUAUACGUCGGAUCACUUUUCAAGGAAAUGGUCGUUGUUCACGUCAACUAUCAUCAUCAUCCUGUUCGCCAUCUUGGGUACAGCGUCGUACGGGGCUGGAGGUAGUCCGAGUGGACUGUUGACGGCGCUCGUUGUAUACCGUUUCUUCCUCGGAAUAGGUAUCGGCGGAGAGUACCCAGCAGGCAGCGUCGGCUGCGCCGAAUCCACCGGCGAACUCAAGCAAGGCACCCGAAACAAGUGGUUCAUCCUCUUCACCAACGUGCAGAUCGACCUAGCGUUCUUCAUCAGCGCCAUCGUGGCGACCGUCGUUGUCCUCGCUACAGGCGAAGACCAUCUACGAGCCGCCUGGCGCAUCUGCUUGGGCAUCGGAAUCAUCCCACCUCUUUCGCUGCUAUACCUCCGAUUGAAGCUACAGGAGCCCGAGGCAUUUAAACGAGAGUCGCUGGCCAAAGCGAAAACGCCAUGGCUGCUUAUUAUCAAGUAUUACUGGUUCCGCCUCAGUAUCGUAAGCAUCAUCUGGUUCAUCUACGACUUUAGCGCGUACUCAUUCGGUAUCUACGCAACGUCCAUCUUGGCCAAUCUACUAGGCGAAUCGGCACCGCUGUGGAAGAGUCUGGCAUGGAAUAUCCUGAUCAACUUUUUCUACAUGCCUGGUUGCCUUGCUGGUGCUUUCGUUGCGGAUCUGCCUUCCAUGGGCCCUAAGAAGACGCUGUUCAUCGGUGUGACUCUACAGGGUAUUAUCGGAUUCAUUAUGGCUGGAUGCUAUCCUUGGUUGAAUAAGCCCGAGAAUGUCGCUGGGUUCGUUGUGGUGUAUGGUGUUUUCCUUGCGCUGGGCGAGUUUGGCCCCGGUGAUAACAUCGGUUUGGUUGCUUCGAAGACAUGCGCAACAGGAAUACGAGGACAGUACUACGGUAUCGCAGCAGCCGUGGGCAAAAUCGGUGCAUUCGCUGGCUCCUACGCUCUCGACGCUCUGCAGAAAGCUGCAGGCGAUGAUGAGAUCGCUGCGGGUCGCAACCCCUUCUUUGUGGCUUCUACUCUUGCUUUUGUAGCUGCGGGUCUGGUGUUGCUACUUCCGCAUAUCGGCCAGGACACUAUCGAUCAGGAGGAUGUACGCUUCAGGGAGUAUCUCACGGCCAACGGUUACGAUACUAGUAGUAUGGGCUUGGGAAAGGUGGACACGACGGGUGCCGAGAGCGAUGAGAAUGGCGCUGUGCCUGUUGAGCAGACUUACGGGAAAUAA